AUGGCGAAGCAGCCGCCACCGCCACAGCCUCUGCAUCUGGACCUGGCAACAUCUCAUGAGGACAAGAACGGUGCGAAAUGCGAGGACGGAUUCCCUGCAAUCCUUCAAGGGAAAAGAAUCCUGCUCGCAACAGAGUCGCUGGGUCCGGUCAACGGCGUGAGUCGCACAACUCUCAGCCUUGUCGACUAUCUUCGCCGCAACGGUGUCCAGCUCGCCAUUGUCGCUCCCCAUUCCAAGGAAACAAGACUGCGGCCACAGGGCAAUAAUGUCUCUGAGCUGCGACUUCCUGGGUACCCUCUACCUUACAACCCUGACUUGACAGUCGUCUAUCCUUUUCAGCUGGAAGAUGUUUACAAGCGAACGUUCAAGCCUGAUGUCGUGUACCUGGCUAGUCCGGCAUCUACGGGCUUUCAGUUUUUGCUUCAAAUCCGACAGCUCCAGGAACCUCCUGUUGUGCUCUUGAAUUUCCAGACAGACCUCUCAGCAUAUAGCGAAAUCUUGUUUCCGGGGCCAGUUGCGAAAUUCUCUGUCUGGCUGUUGGGAGUUGUCCAAGGCUUUCUUUUCAGCCACCGUAGUGUCCACACCAUCUUUUACCCUUCGUCGGGCAUUCGCCGAUAUCUCCUCAAGGCAGGUGCACCCAGCAGUAGGCUGGUGCAGCUUGGGCGUGGAGUCGACACUGCGCUCUUCCAUCCUUCUCGACGUGAUGAGGCGUAUCGCAAGGAGCUGGCUCCUAAGGGAGAAUUGAUCCUGGUCUGUGUCUGCCGAUUGGCGCCAGAGAAGGGGUUUGAGUUUUUGGCGCAAGUCACCUCCAGACUGGUGGACCAAAACUUCCCUUUCAAAUUGGUCAUUGUAGGCGGCAAUCUUAACCCGGGUGUUGAGAACGACGUCCGCCAGCUUUUCCAUUCGACAAAUGACCAUGUUGUGUUUACGGGACUUCUGACAGGCACCAGUCUCGCGCGCGCCUACGCUUCGGCCGAUGUUUUUCUUCAUUGCUCCGUUACCGAGACGUUUGGACUGGUCGUCCUCGAAGCAAUGGCGAGUGGUGUGCCUGUAGUCGCUCGAGACGAAGGAGGUCCAUCUGACAUUGUUCAGCAUGCGAAGACAGGUUAUCUAGUCCCACCUCACGACCUGGAUACAUUCGUCAGUCUGGUUCGUGGAUUUUCGGACACGGCUCUCCUGGCAACCAUGGGAGAAAAUGCCCGGGAAUUUGCCCUAGAAACCACCUGGGAUAAGAUCAACAGAAGGGUCGCCUGGCAGCUUGCUGAAGGGUUGCAGGAGCAUUUGCGAAUCAGGCAGCGGAAAAGGCCGAUCCGGAACUGGUUGGCCAACCGAUACUAUGAUUUCAAGUCAGACGUCGUGGUACCGUGGGUGGUGGCGUUCCGGCUCCAUAUCGCUGUCAUCUUGGUGUACAUCAUUUGGAUGAUGGCUGCGGCGGUGUUGUUACUUUAUGGUAACAAGCUGGUUCCUAAGAAUUGGCAUUUUCUGCAAGAUAUCCCCUUGAUAUUCCAAGAAGGGUCUCGUCGGUUUUCGAAACAGGGGCUACGAGAAUUUUUGAGACAUCUCUCGAUAUGA